GGGAGGGUCCUUGUAUCGGGAACGCGCACCGCUGGCUGCUGAAAUCUCUCGUGUUUUCCUCUCAAGCUGAGCGGGGUUUGCUCUUUAACUGAAGGUGAAAGGUUAAAGCAACAUGUCUUCAGCGCUGGAGAAGCCGCAGAUCAUCGCGCACAUCCAGAAGAGUCUGAACUACACGGUGUUUGACAGCAGAUGGAUCCCCUGCAGCGCUAAGUUUGUCUGUAUGGGGAACUUCGCCCGAGGCUCCGGAGUGCUGCAGAUCUACGAGGUCCAGCGCGGCGAGCUGCAGCUGCUCAAAGAGAUCGAGAAGGCCAAGCCGAUCAAGUGUGGGACGUUUGGAGCCACGUCUCUGCAGCAGAGGCACCUGGCCACGGGGGACUUCGACGGCUGUCUGAAUGUUUGGAACCUGGAGAUGCCGGAGAGCCCAGUGUACUCGGUGAAGGCACACAAGGAGAUCAUCAACAGCAUUGAUGGAGUGGGAGGACUGGGCAUCGGGGACGGGGCCCCGGAGAUCGUCACCGGGAGCAGAGACGGCACAGUCAAGGUGUGGGACUCCAGGCAGAAAGACACACCUGUGGUGAACAUGGAGCCCAUGGAGGGAGAAACCAAGAGAGACUGCUGGACCGUUGCUUUCGGUCACGCUUUUAAUGACCAGGACCGCUGUGUGUGUGCGGGAUACGACAACGGUGACAUCAAGCUGUUUGAUCUCAGAAACAUGGCUUUACGAUGGGAGACUAACAUCAAAAACGGGGUGUGCUCUGUUGAAUUUGACAGGAAAGACAUCAACAUGAACAAACUAGUGGCCACAUCUCUGGAGGGCAAGUUUCAUGUGUUUGACAUGAGGACCCAGCACCCCACCAAAGGAUUCGCUUCAGUGUCGGAGAAGGCUCACAAAUCCACAAUAUGGCAAGUGAGGCAUUUACCUCAGAACCGCGACAUCUUCAUGACGGCCGGUGGAGCCGGCAAUCUGCAUUUAUGGAAAUAUGAGUAUCCAGCCCAGAGGACUAAAAAGGGUGCGGAUGACGUGGACAUGGGCGUAGCUGGCUCGGUGAACCUCCUGCAGAACGUGACUCUGUCCACACAACCCAUAUCCAGUGUAGACUGGAGCCCGGACAAACAGGGGCUGUGUGUCUGCUCCUCAUUUGACCAGUCUGUACGAGUCCUCAUCGUGACCAAACUCAACACCGUCUGACAUCUCUACUGUUAUUCCCAAUCUGAUCACUGUUUACAUGCCACAGAUAUAGCUUCAGCUUAGAUGUGCAACGUUUUUUUUUAAGAAAACAAUUGUCAUAAUUCUUUGUUCGCUGGUGUUUUUAUGCACAAUGUGAAGGCCUGUAACACCACGGUAAAGUUAUUUUAAGUACAAAUAAUAAUUUUGUCUUUGCAAUCUUCGUUCAAGUUAAAUGGUGUUUUUCA